CCAGAGGAGACGACGUUCGAGGCUGGAGUCAAAGUGCAGAUCCACAGCCAGUCUGAGCCUCCCUUCGUCCAGGAGCUGGGAUUUGGGGUGGCCCCUGGGUUCCAGACAUUUGUGGCCACCCAGGAGCAAAGGUUGACGUACCUGCCCCCGCCGUGGGGCGAGUGCCGCUCUCCAGAGCUGGGCCUGGCCUUUUUCCCGGUGUACAGCGUCACAGCCUGCCGCAUCGACUGUGAGACCCGGUACAUCGUGGAGAACUGCAACUGCCGCAUGGUGCACAUGCCAGGUGGGGACAUGGGGACACUGGGGGGACAGCUGGGGACACUGGAGACACCGGCCGCAGGGCUGCUGGCGGAGAAGGACAGCGGUUACUGCACCUGCAGGACCCCAUGCAACCUGACCAGGUACAACAAGGAGCUCUCCAUGGUCAAGAUCCCCAGCAAGACCUCGGCCAAGUACCUGGAGAAGAAGUUCAACAARUCAGAAAAAUACAUCUCAGAGAACAUUCUCGUGCUGGACAUCUUUUUUGAAGCUCUCAACUACGAGACCAUCGAGCAGAAGAARGCCUACGAGGUGGCAGCCCUGCUUGGUGACAUCGGGGGCCAGAUGGGGCUGUUCAUCGGGGCCAGCAUCCUCACCGUGCUCGAGCUCUUCGACUACUUGUACGAGGUGAGAACUCCCAGCCCCAUCCUGGCAUUUCCUGCUCCUGGAGCCCCUCAUCCCAGGAUUUCCCAUUCCUGGUGUCCCUCAUCCCUCAAAUUGCCCCUCAUCCCUGGAUUUCCCGCUCCUGAUCCCCCUCAUCCCAGAAUUUCCCACUCUUG